AUGACAGAUACAGGUGACAGGACGGAUGGGACCCUUUACAAGGACAAGGGUAAGAAGUUGGGAGCCCAUUUCGGGAGUCAUUUUAGUGGAAUAGACCACAAUGUGUAUAUGCCAGAUAAACUUGCGGAGAAACUUGUGGAUCAUUAUUUGACGGAUGUGGGACGAGGGUUUAAGGAUGUACUGGUAUCGCAAAAACAGGCAAAGGAAGACCAGAUUGCAUUGCAGACGCUUUCCCUUGACAGUGAUGAGAGUUCGUCAUCCGAUGAGAGCGAGGCUACUAGCAGUAGCAUACCCAUAGAGCCGGAAAUUAGGUGUUAUCCGGGCAGACCCGAGUGGAAAAUAUGCGAGAACAUGAUCAGAAAUAUCAAUCUAAGGAAGGUUAUAUUGUUUUGUGUGGACCUGGAGGCAUACGAACGAAACACUAAGAUUGUCACUGAAAUUGGAGUGACAAUAUACGACCCAAGAGAGAAUCUGGCACAUUCUGUGCUCCCAUUGAUGCGUUCAUACCACUACUGCAUAGAAGAAGCGUGGGACUUGCGUAAUGGACGAUUUGUAGAUGAUGCAAAGGAGAAUUUCAUCUUUGGCGAUUCUAUAUUAAUGCCGUUGGAUGAUGUAGUGAACGAGGUUCAAUUCCUUGUGGACAAGUACUUGAUACCUCACAACAAGGAGGAACACACGUGGAAAAGAGCGUUGGUAGGGCAUGGCGUUGAAGGAGAUAUUUACUGGUUGGAGUCUUUGAAUAUUAAUUUGCCCAAAAAUGUCCAACGCUUCGAUACCCUCGAAUUUUGCGAUAGUAUGUAUUCAAAUCAUCCUUCUCUCAAACGUCUCUUAAACCUUUGUCACAUCCCAACAGCGUAUCUACAUAACGCCGGAAACGAUUCAUACUACACAUUACAACUAUUAUUAUCGAUGUGUGAUAUUGGAACAAGGAUAAAACUACGCCUAGAUGACUGGCGUUAUGUAAGAGCCAAACUGGAUGAGCUAUAUGAACAGGAACAGGCCGAGAAGCAAUUGAAACGUGCCAGUCGAAAUAAACAAUCCGAGAAAAACCGGGCGAAUCGGAUACGCUCCAGUGCUAGGAAUUAA